AGGCUACGAAGAAAUGAUUAUGUAGCAUUGCUGAGUGUGGUUUACUAGCUCACUGGAAUCUACAAUGCUUGACUGAAGUGAAACUGAAAACACUGACACCAUGGCCGCGAGCGCGACGAGUGGAAGCAAGAUGCCGAGUACGCGUUCGACCUCGUCGAAACCAAUGGUGCCGCCAUGCGUCGGAUCAGACCCGCUCGCCGCCUGUCUUAGCGACGCAGAGGAGUAUCAUGACAUUGACAACGGGCUGCAGGUCUCUGAAAACACAAGGAAGUGCGCGGAUAUUCGAAACUGCUGCUGCUCGAAACCCAAGGCCGCCCGCUCAUGUGCAUUCGGCUACUUUGGACACUUCGUGUUCAAUAGAUAUCGCAUUCUUGACGGUCGUUCGUGUCUCAUCGUCGUGAGAACGCUGAGAGGCGUAUCGCAGAGACGGAUGUCCGUCAUGCUGCUCUACAAGAGCGGAUCCUGCGAGUGGAUGCGAAAAGCGUGCAAUAUUUUGCAGCUUUCGGGAAUAGGCGCGCGCCAGGUAAGAAAAUCGACUGGGGUAGAGGCCAUGCUUCAGAUAUUCCGGGAAGAGGCCCAGAGAAACAUGACAGAGAUCGCCGCCACAGUUACGGGCGAUUACUCCCUCUCAAUUGAGACGACUGCGCUUCGAAGUGGUUAA